AUGCCUCUCUCUGCAUCACAACAGCAACAGCUACGACAACAUCUUUUACAACAACAGCAAUUCCAACAGCAACAACAACAACAACAGCAACAACAAUUAUCAUCACCACAAACUAAUACAUGCAUAAAUAACAACAACAAUAAUAAUAAUAAUGAUUUAAAUAUGAAUAUUCAUUUACAACAACAGCAACAGCAGCAACAGCCACAACAACAAAUUGAACCACAUCAUAUUGAAGCACUACAGAAACAGCAUCAACAAUUUAUUCAACAUCAACAGGAGUUCUUAAUGCAACAGCAACUUCAACUUCAAAUGGAACAAAAACAAAGAUUAUUACAACAACAACAGCAACAGCAACAACAAUCGCCUUUGUCAUCACCACAACAACCAUCACCACAACAACAACCAAAUAUAAAUAGUCAAACACCACAAGUACAAUCACAGUUGAUCAUUGAAAAUCUAACAAUGUCAUCUUCACCAGAACAACAACAACUACAACAACAACAACAACAACAAGCAUCAUUAUCACCACCACAAGUUUCACCAUUACAAUAUAGUUUACAACAAACACCACCCAUUUUAAUAAGUCAGCAACAACAGCAACAACAACAACAAGCAUCAUUUUCACCCAUUUCAACGCCAAUACUAAAUAGUCAAAUACCACAACUUCAACCAUUACAACAACCAACACAACCAAAGAAGAGUAAAAAGAAAGGAAAACAACAACAACAACAAGAGAAUCAACAACAACAACAGCAACAACAACCAUUACAAAUACCACAAUAUUAUAAUAAUAACGCAUUUGGUAAUUGUUAUCAGAGUUUUGAUCCCACCAGUGAACCAAUCACUUUUUCAAAACUUGAGGAGUUUGACGAUGACGGUAAAGGUACCAAUCGUGUCAAUCAGAAUCUAGCAAGCAGAAAUUACAGACAGAGAAGAAAAGAUUAUAUCAAAGAGAUCGAAGCAAAACUUGCUGCUCUUACAUUUGAAAAUCAUCAACUAAAAAGAGAGAAUGAAUCAUUAAAGGAAUCUGGAGGUGUUGAAGUUAUGAGACCGGAACCAGAGUUGAUUGCAAUGUUGAUGGAAGGCAAACAGAUUAUCAUACAGAUGAGUCAAGCAAUAAAGAAGAACGACGAACGAACGCUCGCCUACCUGCUGCAUUUGUUCCACUCUGCCAUUGCAAAGCGAUAUGCCAUUGCAGAGCGCGAGGUCGAGAAGAUCGUCCAUCCCUACACACAGUCCAAGUUGGCGUCGAUGGGAUACGUUCCAAAGAGUGACCGUCCAGUUCUGAGUAUUUCCGGUCCUGCCAGUGAUGGAUGGUUCCAUCUCUUCAAGAAGGAAGCGAAUCUAACCGAUGAACAAUCUCAGAAGCUAGAGGCACUGCGAAUCGAACACGACAAAAUCGAAACACAACUAAAGAUCGAGCGUGAACAACUCGAUAAGGAAAUCAAGAAGUUCUUCUACACCAAGAUUCUGGUACUGCCAAACAACCCGGAGGCAGGCGAGCUGUGUGGUGUCAUCACUGCUGGCGCACCCAUCUGUAUCAACUCUGAGUACGCAUUGGGUGGACAGACCGUUUGUACGACCGGCUCCGAAGAUGGAAUGCCACCAACAAACACACCACUGGAAAUCGGACAGAUUCUGGAUUUCGCGCGAAAGUUGGAUUGUUUGAAAAAGAAUUUCAUUCGCCAGAGAAAUCAGUCGGUCGAUACCAUCUCGUCGCUGAGCACCAUUCUUACACCACGACAAGAAGCGAUGCUGCUUGUGAGGAUUCACUUUAAUACAACCUAUGAUUUCGCGCACAUGGAGCUACUCAAAGAUGUUUGGACCAAUAUUGUCAAUCAGAACAAAUCGACUGGACCCAAAAACAUUGCAGAAGCACUCGCCAGAUUCUCAGCAUCAGAGUCUGCCAAUGUAAUGCCAACAGUCGAACAAAUUGUAAAACCACCACAAUUCCAUCAGUACAAUCCAAAGCAAGUAAAGAAAGAGAGGUCCAACUCUUAUGAUAGAAAAAAGAAGACAAAAUCAACAGCAACUUCAACAACAACAACAACGUCCACCACAACCACCAAUUCAACUUUGAGCAGUCCACUGGUCAAACCAGUUGCUAAAAGUGAACCAACUACCGACUCCACUGCAUUCAAUAGCGAGCCAAUGGUAUUACCUCCACCUCCACCCGAAGCAAUUCCAUAUCCCUCCAGUUCCGAAAAGAAAUAUCACUGGUAUGUCUAUCCUGGUAAUCAAUAG